CCCACCUGGCCGCUACACGCCGCGCUGCCCACAUCACCCGUGCCGUCCCGCCUCGCCUCGCCUCCCCAGUCCUCACCUGCCGCGCCCACUUCCUCGAGCACCUCGUGAGCAGCGCGGCGGGUAGCAGAGCGACCGGGUGUGGGAGGGAUCGGAAGGGCCGGGGGUGCGCAUGGAGGAGAGCAGCGCGAGGGCGGAGGUGGUGCGGAGCCUGAUGGACGCGAAGGCCGAGUCCGGGAAGAGCUUCUCGGACGUGGCGGCCGAGACGGGGCUCACCAACGUCUACGUCGCGCAGCUGCUGCGGCGCCAGGCGCAGCUCAAGCCCGACACGGCGCCCAAGCUCAGGGCGGCCCUGCCCGCGCUUACCGACGACCUCGUCAACCUCAUGAUGCAGCCGCCGUUCCGGUCCUACCACCCCGACAUCGUCCACGAGCCCGCCAUAUACAGAUUGAAUGAAGCUGUCAUGCAUUUUGGAGAGAGCAUCAAGGAAAUCAUCAAUGAGGAGUUCGGUGAUGGAAUCAUGUCGGCCAUAGAUUUCUACUGUUCAGUUGACAAGGUUCAAGGUGCUGACGGCAAAGAUCGUGUAGUGGUCACAUUUGACGGGAAGUAUCUGCCUUACACUGAACAGAAAUCUGAACACAUGAUGUCGAGGCCGGCCCGCAAGACAUCUUGAGACGGGGAGAAAGAUUCUUUCACGACAUGGAACCACCAUGUCGCAAUUUGGGUCGAGCGUGCCUUUUCUUUUUCUUUCCAAAUAAUCAACGAAAGUAAACAGGCCCUGAACUGAUGCACACAUGAACUGCUAAAGCCUGGUUUCACCCUUGCUAGCUUUUACAGGUACGCCAAUAAAGAAUAAACACAUGAUUGUUCGACUACAUUUGAUGAUGUCAUAAUUUAAAAUAAAUAAGCAUUUGUUUAUGGA